AUGGCAGUGGAAUGGGCCGAUCUGGUCACUCUCGACUUGUCUAAAUUCGACCAGCCUGGUGGGAAGGAUGCACUCGCCAAGCAACUCUUCGAGGCAUUGCAGACCAUUGGGUUUUUCUAUAUAGUAAACUUUGGUCUGACUCAGGAACAAGUCGACCGUCAGUUCUCCAUUGGAAAGUCGGUCUUCGAGCUUCCUUUUGAGGAGAAAUUGAGAUAUCGUGCCAACUUGGAAGAAGGCGGAUACAAUGGUUACAAACCUCUUGGGCUUCGAGAGGUUUCGCCCGGCAUCUUUGACAACACUGAGAUAUACAACAUCCCCAAGUUUAUCCCAGCUCUCGAACGUUCCCACCCCGAAAUAAUCAACGCCCACAAAUCCGAAAUCGAACAUUUUGGCCGUCACAUCCACAAUGAAGUUGUGAAGAAACUCCUGGUUCUUUUCGCAAUUGUUUUGGAACUGCCUGAGGAUUACUUUGUAGUUCGUCAUCGUUACGACGAAGCGGUAUCAGACUGUCACCUUCGAUACAUGAAAUAUCAUGCGCGCGACGCCGAAACCAACGCAAAGUUGGACAAUGUGUGGGUAAAGGGACAUACCGACUUUGGAAGUAUGACAUUGCUCUUCCGCCAACCCGUAGCGGCACUCCAGGUCCGCGGCCCGGAUGGUGGCUGGAAGUGGGUGAAGCCAUACGAUGGGAGCAUUACAGUAAAUGUAGCCGAUGCGCUGCAGUUUCUAACCAACGGCUUCCUCAAGAGUAGCAUCCACCGAGUUGUUGUGCCUCCUCCAGACCAGGUCAACACCAACAGGCUUGGCGUCUUAUACUUUGUUCGCCCUGAGGACGAUCUGGUGUUGAGGCCUGUGGAGAGCCCCGUGCUUGAGAGACUCGGAUACGGACCCACCGAAGAAUCCAAGGUGAUAUCAGGCAUCACGGCCGGGGAGUGGGUCAAGGCGCGGGUCCGUGCCGGUGUCAACCGCAACAAGCAGGCUCGAAGUGAAAUCUCAGAGCAAGAGAUUUUCAAGGGUGUGAAGGCAAAAUAUUUUGAUUAG